UUGUUAGAUCGAAACUGGUACUCAGCCAUGAUAGUAUAAAACAGUCAGUAAACAACUGAACAGAGCCUGUGCAUUGAAUGACAUUUAUGGUUUGAAGUGAAUAUAAGGUUUCAGCAGUUUUUUAUACUGCGAAAAUGUCGAUAAUCCUUAAUCUCGUUAUUCUUGCCAUGGUCGUUCAUGUUUCUCAAGCCGCCUCACUUAAGUUUGAAAGGGAAUUAAUUCAGGCUACGACGGAUACUCAAGAUCUUGGUUUCAUAUGUAAGAACAAGGAAUGUAAGGAAUGCUUGAAAUUCACCACGACAGACACGAUGUGCAUUGUGGCAACUGUGAGAUUUGGUCAUGCCGGGAAAAUACGGUUAAGGAUGACUUUGAAUACCAAAUUGUUGGUAGAAGGCGAUAUUACAGGACCUGCUGCUCGGUCGUUUUGUUCUCGUAAUGUUCCCAUUAUAAAUAUAGAGGAAAUAUGUCUAAUCCCGAAAGAUGUGGACAUGGCAAAACUGCACUCUUGCCUCGAUCUUUCCGUGAAGUAUAAAGGAAAGACGUACACCAAUUCUAUUGGCUGUUUCACCAUUCUGGGUAUGUUGGUUCAAGAUCGCAUCGGCACUGCUUUUGUUUCAGCUGGUGAAGACGGUAUUCCCAUCAAUGAUAGUAGAACAUAUGGCUUUGAUGAUUCCCCUGAAGUCGUGUACGAUGAUAUUGACGGGAGCGCCAUUUGUCACAAGGGCAUAUGCAAGAUUUGUAAAACUUACACACAUUGUAAAGCGUAUGUAAUUGCAAAGGCCGUACACAACGCGAUGGAAGUAAAGCUGGUUGCGGGCAGACAUGAAGUUGUAAAAGGAAAGAUUACAAACAAUACGGAUGUCUCCUUCUGUAUUCAUCACGUCAGGAAGCACACUGACAUCAAAUCUGUCUGUAUUGUUGCCAGGAACAUCAGUAUGAAAAAUCUGUCAGCCUGCGUCAACAUCACAGCUCAGGUAAAACAGAGCAUAUUCAACGAGUCAUUUGGUUGUUUCAAAAUACCAAACAAAGCUGACGUAAUGCAGCCGUUAGUCUCUCUCGACUCUGAGGACAUCGAUGUGGUAGCGGAUUAUCCUGACUCUGAGGACAUCGAUGUGGUAGCGGAUUCGUUCGGCCCUGACGGCGAUGAUGCCGAGUCUGAUACUCUCGAGUAAGACGUGUUCAGUCCAUUUGGAGUAGAGGACAAUUAUCCUUCAACAAGGCCUCAGAAAGCGAUGCUGACCUUGUUGAAAAGUCUGCAAGAAACAACGGCAAUGUAACGAGGACGAAUUGGUUUUUGAACUCGAUACUUUCUUUGUAUGUUGUGCUUUCCAAAAUUGGAGUCGUCUGCAUGCAAUCUUUCUGAGAGUCAAUGAAAAUUUUCGUGAUGUGAUUCCAUGAUACUGAGCCCCGAGACUAAUGUGUGUAUAUUUUUGUUGUAUUUUGUGCUUCCUAUUCAACAAUGUAGUCGCCUGCUACCAAUCACUCUGAUAGUUAAUGAAAGUUUACGUUAAGCGCCCAGUUUGGUAUUAUUCAAUCAUACCGAGACUCGAGAGUGCUGUGUGUAUACUUAUGUCAUAUGAUGUGCUUUUCCUAUAAGACAUUUUCAAAAGUAUGUUUUGCUUUCAAUCACUAUGCCAGUAUAUCUAUGUGCACCUAAUAUGGUUCGGUAAAUGUACUUUAUUUGCUUUACAUGUAGCAAUUAUACGAUUAUUUUGAGUGUACAGAUAUAUUGCCUGAACUGUUACGUCUGUUGCUUUAGCUAUAGUUUAUAUUUUGUUGUGUGAUAUUUCAUAUAUAAUGUUUGAUAAACGGGAUAACCGGUAAUAAACGGUAAGUUGUUAAUUUCCAAUUAUAUAUUUAUUUAAAUUUAUAAAAUAUUUCUUUCUUUUUUAACAUUUUUUGACAUAAUUUACUGAAGUCCACAAUGUUCUGUUUUGAUCAAGGCAAGUACAUGUAACAACAAAGGAAUUUAAAAGUAGUUAUGAAAGUUGAUAUUUUCACACCUUAUUUUGCAGUGAAAAUAUCAAAUUGAUAUUUUCACUGUUGUUAUUUCACUGUUAAAACCCCAUAUUUCAUCGUAAAGCAUGAACGAAAUAUAUCAUCCUUUAACUCAUCUACUUAUUGAGCCUAUUCACUUUACACGCUUAAAUGGACCUCCACUAAAUAAAGAUGAUACCGCACGAAAUGCAAUUGAAAUGUUUGUGUUUUAGAACGCUUUAUCAUGAAAACCGGGAUAAAUCAUGAAAACCGGGAAAAUAUAGAUUGGCUUAAUAGAGGCUGACUAACAAGAUUUCUAAAAAUAAUGUUA